AUGGCAUAGAACGAUUUUGAAGCAACAAGGCAAUCAAAUAAUCUUAUUUCUGGAUAAAAGAAAAUAAUAAAAAAAUACGGACACUGGACUGAAAUAGAACACAAAAGUUAUCUUCACUAUCUUUAAGAGAAUAAAAAGCACAUAAAGGGAUAAAGAUUAUUUAAGAAAAUGAGUUAAAUUGUAGGCACAAGAACUCCAAGUUAGUGUAGGUAUAAUAGAACACUAUAAGAUCGCAUCAUCAAAAAUUCAAUCCAUAAAAGACUAAGCAGUAAUAAGAAACGGGUAUUUAGAGAUCCAAAUAGUAUGCUAGAAAAUAUUUUGCUUUACAAAAAACUCUAGGCCAUGAUAGCGAUUGA